UUUGGCUAUGUGGGAUUGUUGAUACAACAACAAUCACGGGUUGUAUGAUUCGUAAUAUAAAAAAUAUAGAUGAUGAUGAUAAUUGUAGGUUUAUUUUUUUUUAUUAAUAAACCUGUGGUGGGAGCUUUAAACAAGUUCUAUUUUUAAUUCGUCGUACACUUGUGUUUUAGACCUUUCGUUGAAGCUGGGUGGUGGGGAAGAUAAUAAUAAUUUACUAGUAAUUUUAAGACAUUUAAAUUAGAAAUGCAAAGAAAAAAAUAGAAUGAUGUCUGUGGAAUAUGACUGUGGGUCGAUGUUCUUCUCGUGUCACCCAUAAUUGUUAAAAUAUACUAAUAGUUGAUUGAAUGAAAUCUUGCAAUUCUCGGAAAAAAAAAAUUGGGGACAGUGAUGGAUUGAUAGGUUCAAGUAUACAUAUAAGAGGAAUAAAGGGAAAGGAGUAGCUUGAGUGUCUGUGGCAGAGUUGGAGGGUUUGCAGGGAAAAAAUGAUGAGACACUCUAAGAGAAAGAGAAUCUUUGCAGUUACAAAUUAGAAGAAUAAAAGAGAAGAAGACAUUUGUAUUUCGGGAAGUAUAAAUAGCUGAGAGUAUUGUUUAGUUGCUUAUUGAAGAUUACAAUAGUGAAAUCUUUAGUGAUGAGUUAAGAGCUACUCAAGUGAUAGAGUAGUUGAGGUACUCAGGUGAUAGAGUCCUCCGAUCCAUUGUUGUAAUUCUCGUGUGGAUCAUCAAUAUACGGUAUUAUUCAGUAGAUCCGAUCUGUGAUCCUAACAUCGAUGUUCUUUGGAAAAUAGUUGAUUGUUCGUUAAAUUGAUCGCAAAAUAGUGGCUUGCAUUGGAAAGCUAACAAAACUUAGAAGAUAUGCUCCACAUAUCAAGGCAACAAAGAAGGAUUUAUUGGGCUGGAAGAUUUGCUCAAGACCAGUCUUGAUAAUAGUAACAUGAGAGAGUUUCAUAAACGGUGAACAUAUAUGCAGCUUGCAACACUAUUUUGAAAUGACAUGAAGUAUCGUUUCAAAGAUUAAUCGAAAGUAGUUCACUGUUCAAACUAUUGUGUUGUGAAGUUAGCCUGAGAUGGAAAACAAACAAAAGUAUCACCAAAAAAAACAGAUGGAAGCGUUUAUGUAAGUAGAUUCUAGCAAUAACUAUGAGUUAAAGUGUAGAAACGCGUCUUCAGAGAAUAUGAGCUAAUAUGGGUUUACUCUCAGAUCUAGUUACCCAACUGUAGAGCCUUGAUAAUAGACCCCAAGUUGGUUAGACAUCAAGUAACAUCCAAAUACCAUAUUCAAAUGCGUUGAAAUUCACACUUGUAUGACUAACCGACAAAGCUUGCAACACGUUGGAUGGUCUGUUCAGACAUGGGAAGAAACAAAUCUUAGUAAUUAUAACGCUUUUCGAUACAUUAAGAUGGAAGAGAGGAGAAUAAAUUUCCAAAGUUCAUAAGUUUAAGAGAACAAAGGUAUAUUCCAAGAAACCAAGUGGUACUAUAUGAAAUAUCAUAUAACACCAAUAUGUCAAAUGCUACGUAUAAAAUGUGUGAUUGGCCGAUGGAAGAGGCUGGAUAUAUAAUUGUUGAUGCACAUCUCACGAAAAUUAUUGAAGUUGAAUCACUGACACACGGAUUUGGUGUGUUUUCUCUGACUCUCUGAUGACUUUAGCAAAUCUAAUAUCAAUCAACGCACGAAGAAGCGCAAACCAAACAAACAAAUCUCACCCUUACCAUAGCAUAUGCGUCACAUGGGUUUAAAUGCUUCUUUAUAUGCUAUCCAUAAUACUUUAUGUUUUGAAAGGGAAACUAUUUGAAAAUAAAUGCAAAUUCUUUUUUUCUCCUGAUUAAAGAUUACAAAUUCGAGUUUUCUAUGUAACAAAAAAAGAAAUGGUCAGCAGUAGCUUUCGCUGAGGGUAAAAUUUCAUAAUCUUUUUACUAUUUUAGUCUUUAUUGAUUUAAAGCAAAAAAGAUUAUAAACCGAAGGUUCCUUUAACCAAACAAAAGUUAUAUAGCCAAGUUUCAGUUUCACACUUCCCUAUAUUAACACUCUUUUUUUUCCCAGAAUCAUUUAUAUCAUUCAUAGUUUCUGUUCCUUCUGCAUUUCAUUUUUGACUGUUAGUUGAGUUCUUUCCCCUCUUUGUGUUUGGUUUAAUGAUAUGAACAAGAGAUGUGAAUCUUGUCUUGAAUAGGAAACAUGAGAUCUUUAAGCAGUGUGGGACUUGCUCUAAGCAUAGUCUUUGGUUGCUUGCUACUAGCUCUUCUCGCCGAGCUCUAUUACUUGAUCUGUUGUAAGAAGAGGAGGAGGAGACCUAAUCUACGAAAUGACUAUUCUACCCCUGCAACCAGAAAACUUCUCUUCUUCUGUUGCUGCAGCACUAACCCUUCUCCUUCUUCUAGCCCUAAACCUAAUGAAACUCAACAGCAAUGUCUUCCUCCUGAUGAUGGGUUUGGGAACGUGGUGGGUCCAGGGCUUGUGCCGAGGUUUUUGUUCACUAUCGUGGAGGAAACAGUAGAGGAAAUGGAAUCUGAAGAAGGUGUUUCCACGAAAGGAAAGAGUUUGAACGAUUUGUUUCUAAAUAUGGAAAGUGGUUUUUCUCCUCCGUAUCUCACUCCUCGUGCUUCUCCUUCGCUCUUUACGCCUCCUUACACUCCGUUAACAGAGUCUUGUAACGGCAGAAAAGAAGGUUUCUUCGAGUCACCGACUGAUGCUGAGUUUAACAGGCUAGUGAGAUCAUCAUCACAUUCACCAACAUCAUCACCAUCGUCUUUGCCGAGAUUUAAGUUCUUGAGAGACGCAGAGGAGAAGCUUAACAAGAGGAAAGUGACGGAGAUUGCAGAAGCUGAAGAAGUCAGCAAAGGCUUAAACUGAUAAGAGUCAGAUUUUAAAGAUGAAGUUUCAACAAGAACAUGACAAAAAGGUGAUUAGAAAAGUUUUAUGGAUUAUUCAAAUCAAAUCAUGAUUUUAGAUAAAAGAAUCAAAGUUGUAGAUGAUUUACAUAACUUAGAAUUUCAAUAACAAAUUAAUGUUAAAAGAAAAGAGAGAACAAAGAUGAACAUUGGAUUCGGUUUUUGUUUUUGUUUUUUUUUCUUUCUUUUCUUCAUAAUUGCCACACUGUUGUAGUUGACAUUUUAAGAUGCACGAGCUCAGCAUCAUAGUCCUAAACCGACUUUCACUUUUAAAAGGAAUUAAUUCUGAAAGAAUGUUAAUAUAAUAUCGAAUAUGUAGUUAGAAAAUAGAAGUAUUAAGAAUCAUUAAGUACUACUACUAAUUGAGUUUCUCGAGAUCAUUCGCUUCCAAACUAAGUAGAAGAAUUUUUUUAUUUUUAUUUUUUGUAACUUUCAAUAUGGACCGAUAAAUGAAUACAGACAAGAGACUCAUGAACAGACCAAGUGGAGAAUCUCUUUCCCCUUCAGUUAAAAAUGUGACCCUUGAGGGGAAUGUAAAUAAACAAAUCAGAUUCCUGAGGCUGCAAGAAGUGGUAACCCUAGCUCAGGGCAUAGUGAGCUGAGCUCAAAUCCGGUUACUCCAUAUACGAUCUUCUGCGUCAUCAUAUAAUCUUCGUCUUCUUCCUCCCAGUCGAUUGCUCCUCCGUGCACAGCAGUCUCUGACAUCGCGACUGUGCUUAUCGCAAAUAAUCACUUGUGAUAAGCAAAACAACACGGAGAGAUUGGUCAACGAAUCUGGAAACCCACUUGGACUCUCUCGCUCUCGCCUGUGUUUUGCUGAAAGUCGAAACAACAGGGUGUGACGUUGUGAAAACAACGAACGACGCAUUGUUUUUUGAGUAUACUUUUUUUGAAACUAUUCUAAUUUGGAAACUUUUCUUAAUCCAAAUUAUAUUCUUUGUUCGACUAUCCUACUAAAUUAACACUAUUAUUUAGAUCAAAAUAUUAUGCUAACAUUAUAGGAGAAAACUAAUUAAUUUGUUUUAUUUGAAUGUCAUCAGUUUUACAUGUAUCAGGAAAGUACAUAUUGCUGUGCCAAAAAAAAAACAAAUUCAUACUAAUUAAGGUAUGUUUCUGCUGCCAAUUUUUUUUGUCGUUAUAGUUUCAUGACAUAAAAAGGUUUGGUUAUUAAUUGCGAGUUGUUUCCAAAUACGUUUUCAUUCUCUGGUUAGCUUGCCUCGAGUCGACAUGCCUCCGCUUUGGUGGUCACCGAAACUAGAGAUCAACUUUUUUUCGUUACCCAUAAAGUUACUAUCUCUAGAGAUAGUACUUAACUCGCCUCAACACUCUUUUCAUCGGCUUCAGUACCUGGUCUGCGUACUUUCCUAAAUUAGAUAAAGAGAUUAAUCCUGAUCCUGUACAACAUCCAGCGAGAAUAAAUGAAUGCAUGGAUGUGAUAAGUGCGAGCGAGUAGAGAGUGAGCGUCUUGACGCAAUCGUGUGGAAGAAGUUAGGCCUAAGCGCUAGACGAGGCGACGCAUGUGUCCAUGAUUCUCAGACGUUGACUCAACCCUUAAGUCGUCAUUGACUGUAUGCAUAUAUUUUUUGAAGGAAGAUUGUGAUCUCUUUGUGUGGACUUCGUUUAAACCAGUUGGAUGGGAUGGGAUGGCAGCAUAUGUGUAACCGACCUAUAGUCAACUCUUGUUACAUAUACUUCUAAAAAAACGCGUAAAUAAAACCUAUUUGUUUUCA